GCAAUACCUGUCAAAAUGCGCCAGUGGGUAGCGCGAUCCCGGCUGAUCGCCUUAUUGUUCGGCCACCGGCGGUCACGGUCACGGUCUCACCCCGUUCCUCCCACCAACAGGCGGCGCCGGAGCUCAGUUCCUCCCACCAACAGGCGGCGCUGGAGCUCAGUUCCUCCCACCAACAGGCGGCGCUGCGUCGGGCGGUCCCGCGACCCUGCAUGUGGGCUCCUGCUGUGCAGCCCCGACCAGGGGCAGGACACCAAGGCCGGGCCCUCCCUCACCCUCAGACCAUGGCCGAAUGCGGGGAUAGCGGCAUGCCUCCCGUUGGUUGAUGACAGAGUACUUCCAGUCGUGGGUAUGUCGAAGACUUGGGCCAGCCCUCCCACAGGGGCUGUCAACAGAUGUACAGAGUUAGGUUCGGGAAAGAUCGAGUGUGAGAAGAUCAUAACUGAAGAGUUGAGAGCAGUUCCUCUGCACUACAGUCCAGAGCUUGUGGAGGCUUGUGCAGACCUCAUCAAUGAAGAAUGGAAGAGGAGCAAAACAUCUCGGAUUCACUCACUCCAGAAAUCUUCCAAUAGCUUCCCAGUUUGUCUCGUGUUGAAAAAGAUUCUAAAGGAUGCUGGAAGCACGACCAAUGAAAACAGGAGCCAACUGGUGGGUCACAGCAAGCUGUCUCUUGUGGUCGGUAAAUCCGCCGGCUUGUUCGUGGAGACAGUCGUAGUUGCUAAGGCAUUUCGAGGCGAAGGUUAUGGCAGAAAAUUAAUGGAAGCCACUGAAGCCUAUGCAAAAAACCGAGGAUUCAAAACUCUGUAUCUCACGACUCAUGAUAAACAAGACUUUUAUUCCCACUUGGGUUAUGUACUAACUGAUCCAGUGCAGAAUGCAGGGUCUAUGAGCACAUUCAUGACCAUGGAAUUCCUUGAAAAGUUGUCUCCUCCAACAAUUUUACCACCACGUGGUUCUCUACUAUCCUCUUGUCUAUCGCCACACGUGCCAUCCCCUGCUCCACAACCACUUCCCGCCCCUGUGUUUGCACCUGUUCAGAACCAUCGACUAAAUCUUCCUUCAGCACCUCAUCCCGUCCCAUCUUCUCAGUCUAAUGCACCAGUGACUUUUCCAUCAUCUCUUACUGCAUCCUCUUUGCCAUCUGGGCAACUUCAGACUUCAGUGUCCUGUUCCUCAACCACUUCCCAGUUAGAUCAGCGUUGUCCUAUUCCUCCCCCACCUCCGCUCCCACCACCAAUACCGGGUUUGCACGCAGCCCCUUGCACCCUAAAUACUUCACAGUUACAUGGACAGACCCAUGCUUGCAACACAUCCUCUCCGUCGCCCGCUCUCCCCACUUCAAAAACGUCCCAGUUGCAUUCUCCUUCAGCUGAUCCCUUUCAACUUUCCUCACCAACUGCUGAUUUGGUGGCAUUGCCUCCCGCACCACCACCUUUGCCUUGGGCUUCUGAAACAUUAUCAAAGUUAUCCCAGUUGGCAUGCGAUUUACCUGAAUCCUUCCAAGGGAAAGGAAAAGCUACACAAAGCCAGUGGGAGACUCCUUACCAAUGUGUUAAAGGUCUUCCUAUCUUCUGGAUGAAGAAAGACAUGUAACUUGGUCCAAAUGAUUUGAAGAAUAUGUUUGAAAGUUGCCUUGAAUUAACUGGUGCCAAAUGAAGUACAAUGCAAGAGUAAAUGUUCUAAAAGAACCACAAGGUUUGGUUGGAAGUGGUUUCAAAGAAUGAGAGGCUGUUUAAAUUGGUAUUUCAGAAUAACAACUACGGAUAGUUGAAUUGUUCGAAUUAUUUUCUUUUAAGUAAUUGGUGUAGACAAAUGUCCAAUGUAAAUGUGAGAGGCAAGAGGUCGUAUUAGAUUAUGUUUGAAUGUUCUAGCAUGUUUUAACUGAAGAACAGAAUUGAAUACCUUUAUACAUGUGAAACCCACUCUUGAGAAAUUCAGGGUAUGCUGCCCGUUAUUUUUCUAGGCAACAAUAUUCUCAUUUAACCAUUUAAUUGAAGUAAGUUGUCUGCAUGAAUCACGGUUUUUAAGCAUUUACAGUGUUUUUUUGCUUUUUAUUGUUACAUUUCCUGGCUUGGCAAUUAUUUUCUUGAAUGAUCUCUUGAACUAGUUGUGUGAUUUAUGUUGCAAUCAUCGUGGACGCUAAACCAUGCUGCAUUCCUGAGGUUUGUGACUGGUAUGAAAUGGUGGUAAAGAAUAUUAGAAUCAAGUUAAACAAUUGAGAAUUGGGAAUAUUUCUUCAGAUUACAAUGAAAAUAACUGAUUCUGAAAUAAAGUUAGCAUAACAUGGUAA